CGCGCGCGAUCGCUUCUACGUCGGAGCGGGCGGGGGAGCCCUCCGCCUGAGCCAAGGCUCCUUUGCCCCGCCCGCCUCGCGUCAGCUUCCGGGAUCUUCCCACCCUUCGCGAGGCCAGCGAGGGGAUACCGCCUGCAUCAAGAGCAGCCCACCCGGGAGCGUAAGGGUGGUGCGCGAACGUGGGAGGGAAGCUGUGCGCGGCUACGGUUUCCUGACCCCGGACGUUGUAAACGCGGGACUGUGGAAAAACCAACAUCCCGCCUCUUUCCCCACUCCCAACUCAGGAAUUACAUCUGCCAGUCUGUUCCACACCUUGAACUGGAGAAAUGCUUUCUGAAAGCAGUUCAUUUUUGAAGGGUGUGAUGCUUGGAGGCAUUUUCUAUGCUUUGAUCGCUAUGCUAGGACACAUUAAGAUUGGUCAUGGAAAUAGAAUGCACCACCAUGAGCAUCAUCAUCUUCAAGCUCCUAAUAAAGAAGAGAUCUUGAAAAUUUCAGAGGAUGAACGCAUGGAGCUUAGUAGGAGCUUUCGUGUAUACUGCAUCAUCCUUGUGAAACCCAAAGAUGUGAGUCUUUGGGCUGCAGUGAAAGAGACCUGGACCAAACACUGUGACAAAGCAGAGUUCUUCAGUUCUGAAGAUGUUAAAGUGUUUGAGUCAGUUAAUAUGGAAACAAAUGACAUGUGGUUAAUGAUGAGGAAAGCUUAUAAAUACGCCUUUGAUAAGUAUAGCGACCAGUACAACUGGUUCUUCCUUGCACGCCCCACUACAUUUGCUAUUAUUGAAAACCUAAAGUAUUUUUUGUUAAAAAAGGACCCAUCACAACCUUUCUAUAUAGGCCACACUAUAAAAUCUGGAGACCUUGAAUACGUGAGUGUGGAAGGAGGAAUUGUCUUAAGUGUAGAAUCAAUGAAAAGACUUAACAGCCUUCUGAAUAUCCCUGAAAAAUGUCCUGAGCAGGGAGGAAUGAUUUGGAAGAUAUCUGAAGAUAAGCAGCUGGCUGUCUGCCUGAAAUAUGCUGGAGUGUUUGCAGAAAAUGCAGAGGAUGCUGAAGGAAAAGAUGUAUUUAAUACCAAGUCCGUGGGGCUUUUUAUUAAAGAGGCAAUGAGCAGUCACCCCAACCAGGUAGUAGAAGGAUGCUGUUCUGAUAUGGCUGUUACUUUUAAUGGACUGACUCCUAACCAGAUGCAUGUGAUGAUGUAUGGGGUGUACCGUCUUAGGGCAUUUGGACAUACUUUCAGUGAUGCAUUGAUCUUCUUACCUCCAAAUGGUUCUGACAAUGACUGAGAAGUGGGAAAAGGGUAUAUAUGUCAUCACCAUGUAAAACAUGUGUUAUAAUUAUUUAUAGUAAUUACUACACAUCCAACACAGAGGUAUAUUUCUUUUUCUUUUCUAAUCUGGUGGCACUGGUAUAAUCAUGCAUUAAAGUUUAUUAGUGUAUUUUAUAAAUGAGGUAUUUUUUCUUUAAAACAUACAAGAAUGUGUUGGAAAUAAAUGUUUUAAAUAUAAUUUGCAAGUAAAGCAUAUAUUUAUAAAUAUGUGAUAAAUUCUAAAUUAUGAACAUUAAAAAAUAUGGCAUGCAGUUUUGUAGAUUGAUCAAAACAUUUAACAGGUACUUUUAGCUUUUUAAUGUAUACAAAUGAAUCUCAAGCUGUGAAAUUUUUAUCAAAGUAAAACUUCAGCUCUGUGUUUAUGUACAUUUAUAUUCUAAGCCACCCCAAGUGUCAGUGGAUUUGUUUUCUCAAAAUAUACAGCUGCUGGCCGUGGUGGUGCAUGCCUGUAAUCCCAGCAGUCAGGAGGCUGAGG